AUGUUUGACCCACUAGUCAAAAAACGUAAAAUUUUACAAAUUUUUUUUCUCUUAAUUAUGCAAAUACCAGAAUUUACAAAACUUAUUUUUAAAGAAGAAGAAUUGUCAGAUUUUUUUUUUAACGAGACAUUUUGCGAGUUUUAA